AUGGCAAAGUUCAUAUUCCUCAUUCUCUGUUCUUCUCUCUUCUUCAUUUAUGCAGAGAGUUCUCUAUCUCAAUGGAACGUGAAGGAAGGAGAAGAGGUCCCAAUUGAAUUUGAAGGUGCAAAGAAAAUCAAGAGAUCCGUUUCAUCUGGAGAUCAAAUAUUCUAUUUCGAUGGACCAAACAAGGGAAAAAUGGUAGACGAAAACGGAAAAGUGGUCGAUUCCUCCAACUUUAAAAUUUCGAACGGAACACUUGUCAUCAAAAAGUUCUCGAAGGCUGAUGAAGGAUCGUAUAGCGAAGAGCCAAAUAUGAUCAUGACAAAAACCGAACACGGAUUCAGCGGCGUUCCAGGAGAAACUCUUGUCAUUAAUAUUGAACCAUAA